AUGUCACAGGAACCUGUCCAAUCGCACCCAAAGGCCAAUGAUUUGGCACCUCCAGACGGAAUUGAACCUGAUUUUAGUGGAGUUCCAACUCAGGCACUGGAUGCAGUAAGAAUGCGAGUGGCACAAUUAACUCAUUCAUUGCGCCGCGUAAGGGAUGAUCUCAGUAAAUCAGAACUGCCCCAGUGGUACUCGCUUCAGGCACAACUGAACGUGACACUUUCUCAGCUGAUGUCCGUCACGUCGACGCUAGAGCAUUAUUACGAAACCCUCGAUUCGACGGUGAUAUAUCCAUUACCGAACUUUCCCACAACAUCACACGAAAAUCUCCUCACCACUCUGCUCAGAAAGAAAUUUCCCCCUGAUGUAGAGGAGUGGAUCAAAGUGUCCAAGGAAACAUUUGAUAUUCCAUCUAAUACUUUAUCUUCAGAAGAGACUCGCAAGAUUUUGCAAAACGACAUUAACAUAACGAAGUGGGCCCUGGGGAUUUUUGCAGAACAGUUCGAGAAACAGAACUUCAAAGAAAAUAACGAUGAUAAUAUGAUAAUAGACAGUCAGGAAAGUAGUAUCAAUAACUAUAAACCAAGUAGGCCAUUUGAGGCCGAUGAUAUACUCAAAUACAUGUACUGCGGUCAAAUACCGACCACUUCGUCCGACGAUGUAAAUCAAUAA